AUGAAGGCAGUGACUAGGAACAAAGUGAUCAACAACCUGUAUCUGUCGACGUUUCUGAUAGCGUUUGGCUCGGUAGCGUUGGCGUCGGUAUUGCCAUGUCCCGCACAUACAGUAAGUUCAGAUACCCCAGAAGAGAUGUCGAAUAGUAAUAAUAAUAAGAAGAAGAACAUGAGGACCGUGAUAGAUGAACAAGUCUUGCAAGAGAGUAAGAAAUGA